GAUAUACGAACCCGGAAGUAGACUUGAUUCCUGUCAAAUUUGCAUCAAAUUUCUUCCCUUUUCUCAUAAUUGUCUUGAAUGUAAAUCAAGUUGAAACCAUGAUGAGCAGUAACAAGAAUGAAGGGCGCGGCGGCCGGAAACGUCGGCAUCAAGACAUUGUCAGUUAUUUUCCUGUCAAAUACAAACCAAUCUCUAGGCGCCAGUGGAUAGAAGAAGAUUUGAAGGAAUAUCGCCAAGGAUAUGUGGGCAAAAAAGAUGAUUCAAAGGCAAAUUUAAAUGUCCUCUUUUACACAAAUCAGAUUGAAUCGAGACCUUCCGGAGACAAAAUAGAUGAGAUCCACAAAUUAUGGUUUGGUGAUUAUAAUCUUCUAGAGAGACAUCAUGGAUUUAUACAAUGGUUGUUCCCAAUCAGGGAGAAAGGUAUGAAUUUUCACUGUCAGGAGCUUAUGAAACAUGAAACUAAGACAAUUCUAAAGGACAAGAAGGCACGUAGGCGACUGAUCGUUUCCUUUAAACUCAUGUUGGAUUUCUAUGGAAUGAAACUGGUAGAUGAGGAAACAGGAGAAGUAGAAAAAGCUCCAAACUGGGAGGAGAGAUUUGCGCAUUUAAACAGAUCAACCCACAACCACUUGAGGAUCACACGCAUACUGAAGUUCCUCGGCGAAUUCGAGUUAGAGAAAUAUCAGGUGCCAUGGUUGGAGUUUCUUCUCCGUGCCGCCUUCGUUGAUGCCUCGCUACCGAAUAUCAGGGACAGUUUAGGAACAUAUUGGAUCGGAUGUGUAAAGGAGAAUCAAGAGCGACAACGAUUGAUGGGACUUUAUAAUGAAUACGAAAAGAAGCAAAAACCUGUCUAUCAUGAGGUAUCUGAUAGUUCGAGUGAAUAUGAUACACCUUAAUGUGACUUGUUUUCGAUGGCUAAAUUGAUAAUCUUGUUGUCUUAUAGCUACACAAUGUUUAAAGGGACUCUAAAGACAGCAGCUAGGUAGGCAAGAUAAAGCUACACAAAGUUGCCUAUAGGGGUCUCUCCUCUCUCACAGUACAUCAAAACUAUUCAAGCUUGUACGAGGAAUAUAUUUAGUGCUGAAUCUAACAUGGCCCAGUGCCCUCACUUCGCAUAUUAGUUAACUGAAGAUGGCCAAAUUGUCCCCUCUGCUCCUGCCUGAACACCUGUGUUCCUUCACAUGUAUUUUUGUCCCUGCAGCAGCACUUGCCCGGAUUCAUUAGCCCGCUGCUUUAAAUCAUUAACUGCCCUUUUGUAAUUUGCUCUCUGUUUGGUGUGAUAUUAGUUGUCGGCUGUGAUACGUUCUAAUUUCUAGAUGCAAAUAGAGUGAGUCCUCCUAAAAUAAGUUGAAUAAGCAGGGGGUUUUCAAGUUUAAGUAUUUUUGCAUAAUGAAUGCAUAGUCAAUACUAGUGGAUUUGGAAGUAAGUAAUAUUGUGCUAUCUUUCCUCGUAACUUAUAGUAUUAUUUUUACACAGUUGUUGAA